AUGCGCGUCAAGGUGAUCAGCCGCGUCGAGGAGGACUACACGCGCGAGUGUAAGACGGAUGCGCUCAGGGUGCACCGAAAUCUCGAUCCCGAGCUCCGGCCGAUGCAGCGAGCGACGGAGUACAAGCGAGCGCUGAACGCGGUGAAGCUGGACAAGGUGUUCGCCAAGCCGCUCGUCGGGCAAUUCGGUGGACACGCGGACGGUGUGCUGUGCAUGGCGAAGUCGCCGACGUCGUUGACGGAGUUGGUGAGCGGCGAUGCGAGCGGGGAGAUUCGAAUCUGGGACGUGCCGAGUAGGAAGACGUUGCGAAUACUGAGCGGACAUAGAGGGGCGACGCGCGGCGUGUGCGUGUCGAAGGAUGGGAAACUCGUGGUUUCGUGCGGUGACGACGCGACGGUGCGGUUGUGGACGCUUCCGAAGGCACAGAUGGGGGAUAUGAGUGACCCGACGCGGAAGAUUCCGAAGGUGACGACCACGGCGGUGUGGCAGCAAGAUAACGGGUUUAGGGACUGCGACGCGCACUGGGGGAAGAACGAGUUCGCCACCGCGGGGGCGACGGUGCAGGUUUGGAACAUGGAGCGAGGCAAACCGAUGCACACGUUCGAGUGGGGGGUAGACACUGUGCUCUCGGUGCGAUGGAAUCCGGUGGAGUCGGAUAUAUUUGCUUCGUGCGGCACAGACCGAUCCGUCGCGCUGUACGACGUUCGCAUGGAGACGCCGCUGCGAAAGAUUAUCAUGCAGACGAAGUCGACCAAACUGUGCUGGAAUCCGAUGGAGGCGUUCAAUUUUACCGUCGCAAACGAGGAUACGAACUUGUACUCUUACGACAUGCGGAAGAUGGACAUUGCAACGUGCGUGCACAAGGAUUUCGUCAACACUGUCAUGGACAUCGAUUACUCCCCAACAGGGCGCGAGUUCGUUGCCGGGAGCUACGACAGAACGAUCCGUAUAUUCGAUUACAACGCUGGGCACUCCAAGGAUUGUUACCACACGAAGCGCAUGCAGCGUGUGUUCUGCACGCGCUUUUCCAUGGAUGGAACGUAUGUGUUCAGCGCGUCGGACGACUUCAACAUUCGAUGCUGGAAAGCGGAUGCAAGCGCGCAGUUGGGGACGCUUUCGGCUCGAGAAAAGCGCAAGCAUCAGUACAAUGCGUCUUUGAAGGACAGAUUCAAACACAUGCCCGAAAUUAGGCGCAUCGCAAACCACCAUCACGUGCCGAAGGCGAUUCACAAGGCGACAAAACUUCGCCGCACUAUGCAAGACGCCGAGACACGCAAGGCGAAGAGACGAGUCGCCCAUGCCGCCCCUGGAGCAGAGAAGAAGGAGUUCAAGCCCGCUCGGAAGAAGAAGAUCCUCGCCGAGGUGGAAUAG